AUGCCGACUCUUAAGCUUCAGCUCAAUUACGAUCUGUCGAAGAACAUACCUUUCUCAAAUAUCCGGAAAUCUAGGGCUGUCUGGGACGUUGCAUUCGAUUCCGACAACCGCCCAAUUCUUCUCAGCUUUAUGGUACGGUUCCAGAAAAGAUAUCGGAGCUCAACAUUAACUGAAGCUCGACUUGGCCGGUCUGAAAAACGAGUAAUGCAGAAAGAAGUUCCACCAAGAGUAUCGAUCAGUAUUGAAUUAUGGACCAAGGAGAGAGCGGACGACGCUGACUCUUUCUUUAAACGCAUUCAGGAAGCUGAAAAGAAAACGCCCCCUGUUUUAACACCGAGGAAGAAGUUUGCCUUUGCAUCUGCGGAGACAAUAUCCACGAAGAAUUCUGUAUGUGUUGCUUGCAUUACUAGUGAGGUCACCCAGGAGAAGCUGAGAAGGAGAUUGCGUCAUCAACUGAAACGUGAUCGUGAAAACGAAUGGACGUCAUGA